AUGAAGUUCCUCACCAUCGCUACCGCUCUGGCCUCCCUCGCCGUUGCCGCCGACGUCGGCGCCCCCGUCUCUCAGAUUGGCGACGGCCAGGUCCAGGUCGGCACCCAGCCCGCGGGCCAGCCUACCGGCGCUCCCCAGCCGCAGUCGUCUGCCCAGCCCCAGCCGCAGUCGUCUGCCCAGCCCCAGCCGCAGUCGUCUGCCCAGCCCCAGCCGCAGUCGUCUGCCCAGCCCCAGCCGCAGUCGUCUGCCCAGCCCCAGCCGCAGUCGUCUGCCCAGCCCCAGCCGCAGUCGUCUGCCCAGCCCCAGCCGCAGUCGUCUGCCCAGCCCCAGCCGCAGUCGUCUGCCCAGCCCCAGCCGCAGUCGUCUGCCCAGCCCCAGCCCACCGGUGCCCCCCAGCCGCCGCCCUCCGCCCAGCCGGAGCCCGCCAGCACCGUCAGCACCGUCAGCUGCGAGGAGCCUGUGCCCAACCCGGCCUCGUCCAACCCGCUGCCCUCGGGCACUCCCAUCAACCCCGGUGGCGGCGGCGUUGUCCCCCCCAGCGCCAGCGGCACCGGCGUCCCCGCCCCGGCCCCCUCUGCCCCUAGCAGCAGCAGCGCCGCGGUCCCCGUCUCCAGCGGCGUGGCCACCGGCACCGGCAUCGUGCCCUCCGUCACGGCCACCAACCCGACCACCAGCCAGCCCGUCACCGCUGGUGCCGGUCGUGUCGCUGGCGGCGCCAUCGCGGCUGUCGCCGUCGCCGUUGCUCUACUAUAA